AGGAUGAAACCUCACUGGCAUGCAAUUGGAGUGGAGUUGUGACUAAUCUCACUGCCCCAUCGUCAUUACCUAAACUCGAAACCCCAUUUCUCAACCCAAAUCUAAUUCCAGAGCAAUGGCUGCUUUGCUGGUUCCAGAGAAUCUACCUCCGUCUCUGGAUUCCACAUCCGAACCGCCUCGCCUCUUCGAUGGAACCACCAGGUUAUACACCAAUUACCAGUGCCCUUAUGCUCAGCGAGUUUGGAUCACCAGAAAUUUCAAGGGUUUGCAAAAGGAGAUAAAGUUGGUACCACUUGAUCUUCAAAAUAGGCCUGCUUGGUACAAGGAAAAAGUGUACCCUGAGAACAAGGUGCCUUCUUUAGAACACAAAAACAGAGUAAUUGGAGAGAGUUUGGACUUGAUUAAGUACGUCGACAGCAAUUUCGAAGGCCUGUCUCUUUUACCUGACGACCCUGAGAAGCAGAAGUUCGCAGAAGAGUUGAUAGCCUACAGCGACACAUUCAAUAAGACAGUCUUUGGUUCAUUCAAGGGCAAUCCCGAGAACGAUGCAGCUGGUGCCUUUGACCAUAUAGAAAAAGCACUUGGCAAAUAUGAUGGUCCUUUCUUCCUUGGAGAGUUCAGUCAGGUUGACAUUGUAUAUGCUCCAUUCAUUGAAAGGGCGAGACCCUUCAUACUAGAAGUAUUCAAGUAUGACAUUACAACGGGCAGGCCUAACAUAGCAGCGUGGAUUGAGGAGCUGGAGAAGAUUGAUGCUUACAGAGUUACCAAAUGUGAUAUCCCAAAGACCAUUGCGUUUUACAAGGCUCACUUUCUGGCCUAAAACUUAAGAAAGAAUGCUUUGAUGUCUAUGGUAGUGUACUCUCAACAAGUGAUGAUGUUUCCCGCUUGCUGUCUAUAAAUAAAGAUUAAAUAAACUAUAUACUCCGCGCCCGCGUGUGUAUCGAACUUGAGUGGGAUAUAUUUGCUCAGAUUGUUGAUGAAUUUGGUGCUUAUCAUGUGAAAACUAGUUUGUGGUUUGUAUUUAUAAAUUACUCAAAUAAGAUUUCUUUUUUUUUAUUUAAAAAAAAGAUCUGUUUUUUACGGAGUACUUUUUUAACAUUAGUUUGUAAUACAAGAUCUUGUUGACG